AGGAGGGGAAAUCUGGGCUGUGACCAAUCAGAUCACGCAGUUCUUCUUCUGCACAUGUCUGCUGUCGUCGGUGGGAAGGAAACCAACAUCGUCCGAGACUGAAAUGGAUCCGCACAGGACGCCAGUCCGGAGCGAUCCGGUAAUAUCAAUAUUAAAGCAACUUGAUGGAAAAAAAUAGAGGCCUCCUUUUAAGAUGACACGCACAGACCCGCCUGACAUACUGGUAUCAACUGUGCAUCGUGAUAUUAAAGUAAUCCCCAUUUCUUCACACUACAAAUUCCUGCAACCCUCCAAACAAUGUGAAUCUAUAGAGUACAGCAUACUGGAGGACAGUAAAAGAAACGUCAAUAAGAGGCACUGUCGUACCUUUGACUACAAGUCAUUGGAGUACCCAAAAUCACACAAACACCCAAUGGAGUCUCCAUACAGGAAGUCUGACAGGCAUGUGGCCAAUCCUGAUAUUGCCUGGAAUGCCUUGGGUCACCAGCAGAGAUACCGCUUUUCUGCUCCAGACAUUUUUAGCCAUAGGUUGACUCCUCAACCAAUGGCUGCAGAUAUAUCCAGUGAGGUAGUUGUCCCUCAACCAAAAAGAAGGGCCAGGUCAAAAAGUGCCCCCCGUGUACAGACAAGUCUCACUCCUGUAUCUUUUGAAAGUUCCUCAUCUGCAGGGAGGAAGGGCAGAGAUUCCCAUAGGGCUCCAAGGGACUCUCGGUGGAGACCAGAAGUAUCACCACGCAGGGAAUCAUCUUAUGCAGCAAGUAGGGUGCAUAUGCAUGAAGUACAUCCCAUUAAGUUGCAACCUCAAAUGAGUGACACACGAUAUUCACCUCACUAUGUUGCAGAUCAUCCAGAGGAUGGCAGUAUGGAUAAGUCAGCAACGAGCCCUCAUGUUCGAUGUCGGGUGGACAUAAAACCUGAUGAUGCAGCGUUACAUCAUUCUCGACAGAAACAGGCUACACCUCAAGUGGACAUACCCUGGCAGAGGCACCACAGUGGAGGGAGUAGGAGCCUUACAGUACCACGUCAUUUCUCUUACUCCAGAACGCCAACUCCGACUGACUCAUUAGGUACAGAGAGUAGACAGGCUUACCAAUAUUCCCGCAGCAUGCCAAAUAGUUACUUACAACCCAUGGAGAUUCCAUUGCGAAAGAUGCCUUCAUCAAGUGAUUACUAUGGUAGAGAACGAAGAGCUCAUUCCAGUCCUAAUGUGCCAACCACUCUUUAUGCAGAUGACCCAGGGAGCUAUGUUACCACAGCCCCUCCUCAAACAACCUCUUAUUUCCAUGAUGAACGUUACACUCCAGGGCAAAAAUAUCCUCCAAAAGUACAAUAUGUGCAGGAUCCAAGGACUCGAAUGGUGCAUGCUGUAGCUACAAGACCCUAUUUUACUGAGGUAGAGCCCUAUCCAUACUCCAUGCAGGCUGGGUAUCCUAAACCCUACGCAGCAAAUGAGCCAGGACCAUAUAUCAUCCAGACACCUCCUACAAGAAUAUUUUAUGGAGAUGAUCCAAGGUCUUACCAAAUUCAGACUGCGCCGCCAAGGUUUUUCUAUUCCAGUGACAUGUAUGCAAUGCCACCAGAGCACCAUAUUCCAGCGAGGGCGUAUUAUACAGAGGGCAGAAGGCAUGCCAGAGUCGUUCAGGCACAGCCAGAUGACUGGUAUGGCUCAGAUGCAUCUGGAUACUCAACAAAUCCUGCCUCAUAUGCAUCCCAAGUCACUCCAACUAGAGCUAGGCAAGAGCCUGUGUUAACACCCUGGUAUGCCAGCCCAUGUGUAGAACCUCAGAGAAUCGGUACUGAUUCCAAAAAUUACUCCCGGUCUUGGGACAACAUUCUCAACUCGCAUGUAGAGAGAGAACAGCCUCUUCCCGUUCAGCGGGGUCAGAGCUAUGAUGAUCUUCUUGACCCACGAAAACCAGGCCCAGCUACAGGUGACAAGCCACAACCAGUUGUAGUCAAUCUCUCCAGUUCUCCAAGACGCUAUGCAGCCUUAUCCAUGUCUGAUAACUCACUGAUUGACAAAAGCCCUACAGAGUCCUCAAAGAGUGCUACCAACAAACUCUGGUUUGUCACUCCAGAGAUAACAAUCACUGAUAAUGACAUUCGACCAGGGAACCUUAAUAAGGCUGAAGCACGGUCUGCCAGCUGGGAUGUUCUUGACUCCAGGACUACCAAGGGUCCAGAAACAUCUCCCUUUGAAUUUGAAAGCUCAACCAAAGAGAAGAUGCAUGACAACGCUUCACUACAACAAAGCCUUGAACAGCUUGAUGAGCUUCUUGCUGACCUUGUAACAGAUUACAAGCCACCCAGCAGAAGGGCGAGUGAAGACAUUCUGAAUCAGCUAAAGAAAUUAAUUGAUGAGGAAGAGGCAGUAUCUAUGUCCAGAAAGGCAUGUGCAGAAGAACAAGCUCCUUUAGACAAACAGCCAACAUCAAUAAGAACAACUCCUGAUGCUUUUCGAAGCAUGGAUGGGGGUGGUGAUGCAAUGAAAAGCACAGAUGAAUGCUCUCCAGAUCAGAGCCCGGAUGAGGACGACACAAUGAUGUGCUCGAACAACAAGUGCAGAAGGACCGAAACCUUGUUCAAUGCUUGUUUGUACUUUAAAUCCUGUCACAGCUGCUACACUUACUACUGCUCUCGUAACUGUCGCAGGGAGGACUGGGACAUUCAUAAAGAAAGCUGUCUGUACGGAAGAAUUGGCAGCACAUGCCGUCACAUUAUUAAACACUGCCGAGAGACUGUUGAUGUCCACAAAGCCUUUUCCCGCAUUGCCAAGGUUGGCUACCUGUCUCGAGGUAGAGGAGUCCUCUUCCUUGGUUUCCCAAACCCGGCUUCUUCCAGCAACUUCCUGCAGUAUGGCCUAGAUACUCUACUUAUGUCUCCUACAUACCUUUCCCUUCGAGAGCUGGAAAGCUUCAAGGACAACUUAGGGGAAUAUUGCAAGGAGUUACAGGAGGCUGGUAAUGAGUACGAUCCAAACGAAUGCUUCAUCUUGAAUGUAUCUAUUGCCGUCGGUGAGCAAAUGCCUGAAGGGCCAUCACCAAGGAACCAAACCCCAACUGUCAGAAAAUAUGCUAAAGUAGCGCUGGCUUCUUUCAGCCCUGAGAGCAAGGUUCAUAAGAAAGAAAGUGAGAUGGAAACACUUAUCCUGACUCCUCCCCCAGGAACAGCAGAUAUCGACAAAGAGGGCGAGGAAGGCAGGAAGGCCAGGGAGAUCUGUUUUAUCAACAUACAAAGGGAGUUAAGGAUCCGAGGGGUUUUCCUACGCCAUGAAUUCCCGCAGGUCUAUCAACAGCUCUGUGAGUUUGUAGAGAGCAACAGGAGGUUCACACCCACAACUAUUUAUCCAAUUGACAAGCGGACCGGAAAACAGUUCAUGUGCAUGAUUAUGGCUGCCUCCGAGCCCAGGACUUUGGACUGGGUGGGCACGCCACAUCUCCUCGAUGACAUUAUUUAAGUGCACCUUUUGUUGUAAAUAUAUAUGUAUAGAAAUACAUAUAUAUUGGUACACAUAUUUAUAUACUACCAAUCUGAUUGCAAACAUUUAUAGAUAAGUAUUUUGUUAUCAAAAAGGAUAUAUAUUCAUGUCUGCUUGAUCAGUAUUAUUCUUUAUCAGAAUAUUUCCUGUCAGGUGCACAAGUACAGUACAUUAUUUUAAUAUAUUGAACUUUUGUCACAGGUCAUUUGUAUCCUUG